UGCAUCUUCCCACUCAUCUCUGUUACUAGUUACUGGAACAUCUCCUCAUUGGAGGAGUUAGCCAUAAGGAUAGGAAGAAAGAAGGAAGGACUGCAUUUUUUGGGCCUGGUGUUAUUAUUUUAUGCUGUUACGUGAGGCCAAAGUGAGCCACACUACUGGUGGAAAGGAGUACUCAGAAAGAGAAGAGUUGCUGGUAUUUUGGCAUGCACGGUACUGAGUCUUCGUCAACGGUUGGCGGGCCAAAGAUUUUUCGAUUGCGACGUUCGAAAUAUUUACCAAGUCAUGAUCCAUCCGGCCACUGUCCUCGCGCACCUAGUUAAACUGGGUGUCAGUGCUUCGUGCUUGAAGCAACUUCCUGGAGGUUUCAGUGUAUACGGCAGCUACCAGGCAUGGGCCGUUAAGGCCUUUCAAAUUCUGCUCUUCCAUUCUCUCCUGGGUGUUCUCAGAUUUGGGACUCCCGAUAGCAACAAGUUCCUUAGGAGCCUCUAUACUUGGUUCACAACGAUUGCCAAUGUAAUACCAUUUAUAUUUUUUACAACUGAAAUUCUGCACGAGUGUGGUGUAAGUAAAGAAGUAAGACUGAUUCUAUUGACACUUGGAUGUCUUCCUACAAUCUACGAACUAGCACUGAAAGAGAGAGCAUGUCCUUACUGGAUGGACAUAGUUGUGAGCCUCCAAUUGUUAGCAUUAACUUUUGCAUCUGUACAAAGCGGUCUUUUUGGUGUUAUAAGUCUAACAGCCUCUUACGCAUUUACGCACUACUUCUUGGAAGAUUUUUGUGAUAAAUACGAUGUACCGUAUAUGGAUCUGCUACAAUACAAUCUAUGUUUCCUUGAGAUUUUCGCGAUGCUAAUAUUGAAGGAACUAUAACUAGGAACGUAGGCCUUACAAUCCGUUACCUGGUGCCUCCACUGGUAUCGAGAAACUCGGUGCCAUUUAUUUUAUUUGUAGCAAUUAUCCAUAUCAGAUACUCGUAAAUGGAUGUACAUAUAUGUAUAUGUACGUAUGGACACAUGUAUAACAUACACGUUUAUAUUUCUACUUGCUCGACAAAGUCUCUUUGGAGAGAUAAGAGUUUAAUAAAGACUAUUGAUCGCCUA